AGCCUCACACGACCCCUCUACCACCGAAAACGACUUGGUAACCAGAUACCACUAGACGACAUAGAGUCUCUAACUAAAAACAACUCACGCUAAGUUACAGAUUCCACUAAGUAACAGCUUCCUAUACAUUGGUGGUAAGUAUUAUUUUGGUUUCCAGCUUAUUAAUCAAUUGAGUCUGAUUACCAUGACUUUACCUUCGAUAUCGGAACAAAAGGCUAUCCUUCAAGGAUGUUUAAACAAUAUCAAUCAUCAGUCUAAUUUGAUGAAGCAGUGCUUGAAUGAUAAUAAUUUGCUUCAGGCAUUGAAGCAUUGCUCCAACUUUUUGAACGAAUUAAGAACCAAUCAAUUAAGUCCCAAACAAUACUAUGAAAUGUACAUUUUGAUAUUUGAUUCGUUAGAAUAUUUAGCUAAUCAUUUAUUAAAUAGCCAUAAUGCAAAAGUACAAAAGAUAAGAAGAAAACAACAACGUAAACUUGAGAAUGCUAAUACUGGUAAUAAUAUUGAAGAUGGAGGUAAUUCUGAAAAAUCAAUUACAUCUUUAGAUACUACUAGUUCACCAUUCUUAUCAGAUUUGUAUGAAUUAGUACAAUAUUCUGGUAAUAUAAUUCCUCGAUUAUAUAUGAUGAUUGUUAUAGGAACUACAUAUAUGGCUACAAAUGAAGCUCCUACCAAGGAAAUCAUGAAGGAUAUGAUUGAAAUGUGUCGAGGAGUUCAACAUCCUAUAAGAGGAUUAUUCUUACGAUACUAUUUAUCUCAAAGAACUAAACAUUUACUCCCAUUUUCGAAUUCAGUUGAUUUUAAUGAAACCAUUGAAUUCUUAAUAGCCAAUUUCAUUGAAAUGAAUAAAUUAUGGGUUCGUUUACAACAUCAAGGUCAUUCAUCUGAACGUGAAUUAAGAUAUCGAGAAAGAAAAGAAUUAAAGAUUUUAGUAGGAUCAAAUUUAGUAAGAUUAUCACAAAUUAUUGAUGAUUAUAAAGGUAAUGGUGAAGAAGAUGAAAAUUAUUCUCCAAUCUCAUUUUAUAAAACAAAUAUCUUUCCUACUAUUACUGAACAAAUAAUUCAAUGUCGUGAUCAUUUAGCUCAAUCAUACUUGAUUGAUGUUCUUAUUCAAAUCUUCCCUGAUGACUUUCAUUUCGCUACUUUGGAUAAUUUAUUGAAUAAUGUGUUUCUUAAUUUACAUCCAUUAUUAAAGAAAAGUGAAUUAAUAUCAACAUUGGUUGAUAGAUUCAUUGUUUAUCAUAAAUUUGAAAGCGAUUUAGUCACUGAAACAAAUGAGAAAUUAGUAGUAGAUGAUGAUAAUAAUAAUAAUAAAAAAGUAAAGAAAGAUCAAUCAUUCGAUACUGAUACUUCAGAAUUAUUUGGAAUUUUCUGGAAUUUUUAUGUAAGAUUAUAUGAAAGUGAUCCAGAUUUACCAGUUGAAGAACAUUCAACUAUUUUACAAUGUUAUAUUAAAUUAUCUUUAACUUAUUAUCCUACAAAUUUAACUAAUUUAGAUAUAAUUUAUAAAUUUGCUACUGAGAAUUUAGUUAGUAAAAAUCAAGAUAAUUCAGAAAAUACUGAAGAAUUAUGGUUACAAUUAUUAGUAGUACCAAUAAGAUUUUUCCCAUCAGUUAAAAAUUUAUUUAAUUUACCAUUUUUUCAUGAAUUUUAUUUAAAACUAACUAAUAAAGCCUAUCAAAAACAAAUAUCUCUUGAAAUAAUUAAUAAAUUUUUAGGUAUUUCAACAAAUGAUGAAUUACUUGAUAUUAGUCCACCAAAAGUUGAAGAAUUUGAAUUUGAAUAUUUAACAACAACUGAUGAAAUUGAUGGUAUUUUUAAAUAUUUAUUAGUAUUAAUUAAAGAUUCUCAACUGCAACAAUUAAAUACUUCAAAGAAUUUAGGAAUUACUAAAACUAUUAAAUUAAAUAAUGGAGAAAAUGGUAUAAUUACUCAAGAAUUUUUAGAUGUUCAAGAGAAAUUUUGUAAAGUAAUUCAUUUAAUUGAAACUCCAUUAGAUCCCUUUAAGAAUUUAUCAAAUUUAAUGUAUGUGAGAAGAAAAUAUUUAAAUAAAAAUUCUACUAAUAUUAUUUAUACUUAUCCAACAUUAAUUAAUAAAAUUUUAUAUAAAUUAAAACUUAUUGGAUAUAUGAAUUUAAAGCAAAAGAAGAAAAAUCCAUCUAUUGAUUAUUCUAAUCAAGAUUUAUUAAUUACUACUAAUUUUAAAAAUUUAUCAAUUAUUAUUGAUGAAUUAUAUCAACAUCAUCAACAAUUUAAUUCAGAAUUAAUUUUAAAAUUAUAUCUUAAUGCUGCUACUAUAGCUGAUCAAUUAAAACAAGAAUCAUUGGCUUAUGAAUUAUUUAAUCAAUGUUUUAUUGUUUAUGAAGAAAAUUUAAUUCUUAGUUCUCAUCAAUAUAAUUAUUAUCAUCAUAUUAGUCCUCAAGAUUCAUUAGGUGGAGGUUCUUUACCAUAUCAAUCAAUAUUAUUAAUAAGUAAUAAAUUAAUUAAUACCAGAUACUUUAAUAAGGAAAAUUAUGAAUCACUUAUAACCAAAUUAACUGUUUAUGGAUCUAAAUUAUUGAAAAAGCAAGAUCAAUGUCGUUCGGUAUAUUCAUGUGCUCAUUUAUGGUGGUGGUGUGAAAUAUUACUUCCACCUGGUGAAAAGUCACCGACUGUAAAUGAUAAUCAAACUGAUGAGAAGUCAAAGGGAGUUACUGAAUCAGAAAAGACUGAAGAAUCUACUAAAGAAAUCAAGGCUGAAGCUGAAGCUGAAACUCAAGUUAAAGAAGAUGAAGAAACUGAACCAGAAACUGAACCAGAAAUUGAAGUUGAUGUGUUGUAUAGAGAUGAUAAGCGAGUAUUAGAAUGUUUACAGAAAGCCCUUCGAGUGGCUGAUUCGUGUAUGGAUCCAUACCUUUCAUUAAAAUUAUUUAUUGAAAUAUUGAAUCGUUGUUUAAUAUUUAAUAUUUAUGGAAAUGCCUUGGUAGAUUCUCGGUAUAUAAAUGGAUUAAUCGAUUUAAUUCGAACUAAUAUUGAUAAUCUUAAGACUGAUGAUAAUGAGGCAGCUUUCCUUAAUGUUACUGAUGGUGGAGUUGCAUCUAGUAGUAAUGUAGAUGAUGAACUUGACAAAGAAGCUAGAUUAUUCAGACAAAGUAGAGGUGUAUUUGAGAGAACUUUGGACUACAUUAGAGAUCAACAAAUCCAUGACAAUAGAUUUGAUGGUAUUAUUGUUUGAAUACAAUAAUGGAUAAAUAUUUUUUUGUUAAUUUUCAUAUAUUGAUACUAGUUAAUUUCGACUAGAAUUAACCAUAUUAAAUAUAGUUUAGUUUAGUCUUAUAGUAUUAAUAGGAAUAUAAAACGAGAUAAAAUUCAAAGAAAUAGUGGGACUAU